AUGGUCUUGAAGCUCGUCGAAGCUGCCAUUCAAGAUGCCGCCGCUGCGAAUCUACAGCACCUGAGAAAAUUGGUCAAACCUGAACAUCUGCCCCCGUGUCUGAGGCGCCUCGGAGAGAUCUCGGAAUUUCACAACCCUGCCACUGAGCCAGCAGGCUUGCCAAGAUUUCCCGGGAAUUAUAAUAGCAGUGUACCCAACGGCUACCAGACCGCUACAUUUAUAGCAGUCAAUGGCCAUGCAGAAGCGUCGCAACAGCCUGCCUUGCAUUACCUUGUCUGCCCAACAUCAGUGGUGGCCGUUGAAGAUCUUCACACAAUCUUCUCGUCAAUGGAACCUUCGCUAGGCGUCGACUUCGAGCCACAUCUCCGCAUCAUACCAGUGCCUCUGUAUCCGCCUUCUUCAGCAAAGCAAGCGAAGGACUGGAGCCAAGAAUACUGGCCGACGGUGUACAAGGGUGGAAAUCCAUUCGGUCCACACCCUGCUCUGGUGUCCCGUGCUCUAGAAGACGUACACAGUCGCACUGGAAGAUGUAUGAGCCUCGCGAGGCGCGCUGGGGAGGAAGUCUCGUUGGCUGCUAAAGGAGAACCCAUCGGCGCCGUCAUUGUUGAUCGCAGCGGAGGCGAAGACGCCUCCAUCAUUGCGGUAGCUGGUGAUGCACGUUGGCACCAUAUGGACAAAGCUGAAGAGCCAGGGAGUGGGAACGUCACGGCUCAUGCUGUUAUGAGAGCAAUUGGCAUGGUAGCAAGGAAGCGACGAGCCCCGCUACACAAGGGGCUGGCUGCUGAACUUGACUCCGAGGAAUCGGAUCUUGACGCAGACCGUCCGCUGACUCCACUGGAGAGUGACGUGUACACUGCUUCCACAGUGGCACGCGACGGAUACCUCUGCCUCGAUCUGGAGCUAUACAUUACUCACGAACCGUGCGUCAUGUGCUCGAUGGCAAUCUUGCACUCGAGAUUUUCCAGGGUCAUCUUUGGGCAACGCAUGCUACGUACUGGAGGUCUUACUGCGGUCUCACAAAAUAACAGUGGUUUCGACAUCGAAAACGAUGAUCAAGGUUUGGGUUAUGGUUUGUUCUGGCGACAGGAGCUAAACUGGCGCCAUCUUGCAUGGCAAUGGCUUACCGACGAUGAUUUGCAAACACGUAUCAGUAGCCAGGACGUACAUAUCUAA